AUCACUGGAGUAUUAUGAUAUCUGAUAUCUAUGAUUUAAUGAUGUUUUCCUCCCAAGAAUAUAUUGACAACAAGACAGGAAGAGAUGAUUUGAACAGAUUUCAAUACCUACAAGCUUUGGUGACAGAAUUUCAAGAUACUUUGAGUGAUGAUGCCAAGUAUCAAGUGUUGGCUAACCUUGCCAACUUUGCCUAUGAUCCAAUAAACUACCCUCAUCUUAAGAAGCUUAAUGUAGCUGAGUUAUUUUUGGAUAUGCUUAGUGAAGAAAAUGAAAAAUAUGUUGAAUUUGGAAUUAGUGGACUUUGUAACUAUUGCCUUGAUCCAGACUGUAGGAAUGCUAUAUUAGAAAAUGAUGGAAUACAAGAGAUUCUUAAUUGUUUAUCCAGCUCAAAUGAGGAGACUGUUCUUUCUGCCAUCACCACUCUGAUAUAUCUCAAGGACAAUCAAACCAGUGAAGAACUUUCAUCUGAAGCAGUUAUUGAGUGUAUGAUCACAUAUUUCCACUUCAACAAACACAGAUUAGCUAACCUUGCUAAAAUAUAUCUACAGAAUUUUAGGAAAACAACAUGAAAAUGUGGAAAUGUGCCCCAGUGUGGGCAGCUAUAACAUUUUAUAUCACAUCAACUGUUGUUGAACCUAUUUAGGAACAGACACAGCAGUUACAAUGCUUUUAAAGAAGACAAAU